AUGCUUGAACUUCAAACUCCAAUGCAGACUAAGGCUUUUAAAGUUUUUUGGCACAAAGCGGAAGUGCAAAUGGUGGAGCGUCCAAAUUAUCAAGCGCCUGUGGUUGCCAUUUCACAACCAUCACUAUUAGGAGGUCAUGAAGAAUUUGUGUUGCAGUACCCUGCAAGAUUGGAGCCACCGACCAAGCGGAACAUCGAGCGACAUCGAUUUACUAUUCGACAUGGCAAGAAGCGACGGAUAUUCCAAGCGCCUGAUGCUGCCACGUUCCAUACGUGGCUUUCAGCCAUUGAGCAUGCACUAGAGUCUAAAAAUGGUACAGAGCACAGUAUGUCCCCCGAUUCGCAAAAUUCGACCCGUUCUCUGACUGGAAAAGUCUGCAGCCAAGACAGUCAUGCCUCACGUUCUAGAUUCACAACGCUAGAGCUAUCGUGCUAUACGCGUGAUCGGAUCAAUCGCAAGUUGAUCAGGCUUCGUCGUCCUGCCGCGACUAUACCUAGUCUUGCUGAGAUCAAAGCUGAUCGGUAUGCAUCUGAUCGACCAAAUGAAAACGUGAAAAUUGAGGGCGAGAUAGGAGAAAGGAAUGAAAAAAAGUUUGUGGAAUUCGCGACGGAAAAGUUAACCAGCAUCACAAACGUCAAGGAUGAGGUGUUAAAGCCCUUCACUGCUGUCUCAGUCCGGUUACCAUCCGUAUCUGACGACAUGGAUCUCGCAGUUAAUAAUGAUGAGGACCCUGGUGAUGUGUCGCUGACAAGCACUGCAUCUGAAGCUGUGUGUAAAGACGACUCUGGCGACAUCUCCGACACAACAGAACAUAGUACGAUCAAUUCGGAGACCUCUGUGGAGUUGCUUAACUCGAAAGUUCCUUUGGCUGAUGGUGUGCCCGAAACCACUGUAACUAGUGAUGAGGAUAAACCUGAUGCAGACGACUACUUACAAUCCGCAAUUGAUUUAAAUUGUGCGCACAAAUGGUUCCCACUUAACCCAGACAACUCCAAGUUGAUUUGGCAGCGUCGCUCGCUUUAUUGCCAGGGGAAGGGUGAUUACCAUCCGAGCCCCAAACGACAAUUUGCUAAGCAAUGGAUUCCACAUGAUGUAAGCAACUCUCGUCCUAUCUGGAUUCGACGAAGCGAAAACGGCUUGAGUCAAUCGGAUUCUCGAUACAAAGCGACGCCACACUUUUGUAGAUGA